AAUAGGGAGAUCAAAAUUAAAUUACAAAAUCAAAACGCACAUGUACAAUACCAUGACUUUGCUAUCUGCCUCAAAAUUAUUGACGCAUGAACUUCACACUUGUGAGUUGUAAUGAUAUUUGCUAUUUGUUGCCAAAUAUUGCUGAUUUUUUUUUUGGGCUAGCUGUAAGUACUAAUUACUGCGAGAUGUUAAAUCUGUACAUAUAGUCAGCUCGCAGCUAUCUGCAGGCAGAUUGUUCGUGUCACAGAUGAAUUGUGCCACAGAUGCAGUCACAGCUUGGGUUUGAUGGGGUUUAUUAGCUCUAGCUCAGUGCUGGGCCUGCCAGGCUGGUGUUGGCUGCACAUGGAAUCGCUCCAGUGUCUCAGUGACGUGCUUGCUGCUGAUGCUCCCCCUGACAAAAAUGUAUUUGCUUGCAUGCAGUACCGAAGCCAUGCUAAUGUUACUGGUUUGCAGUGCAUUAAUGCCUAGCAGCAGUCUUUACUAUGGGCAGGGGUAGUGCAGAGAUAUAUAACCCAUGAUUUCAUAGUGUGGGUUUUGCGGCAGCACUGUGCUGUGAGGGUUACUGGGUUUAAAAACCCCGUGAAAACAGGUAGAUAUUUUAACGUGUAUUUCCAAAUGACAGCUUGCACAGGAAAACCAAAGCAGUAAGAGUGGGACGGGGGAUCGGUGAACCUCCCUGGGCACGGCACGGCACUGUAGCUCGGGCACGGCACAGCAAACAGCCUCGCUCGGAGGUCUAAGCACCCUGCCCGCGCGCUUUGCAAGCACGCAGGAACGCCUGGCAGACUUUACUUUGCACGGGCUUGCCUGCAACGAGGUGUUCGCCAGGGUUCGGUUCCCUUUUUUUCCUCAUGUGGUGCAGAAACUAACCUCAGACAGCUUUGACAUCACUGUUUUCUAGACAUUAAAACGCACUGUUUUGGGACAGACCCGGCCGGGCGCACUGACGAGGCUCGCGCGAGCAGCACCGCCGCGAGCAGGGCAGCAGCCGGGGCCGCCGCCGCGCGGCGCCGCCAUUUCCCGCUCUCGCCCUCACGGCCGGCCUCUUUCCGGGAGGAGGCGGGGACCGGCGAGGCACGGACCGUCCCGGCCGCAGGCGGCGCGGGGGAAGGGCGCGGCCCGGCCAUGCAGCCGGAACGGGGCGGCAGCCGGCCCCGGAGGGAAGGUGGCCGGCACGGCCGGAGACGGCCCGGCGGCGCGGAGAAGGCGGCCGAGUCGGCGACCGAAAGCGGCGGCGCGGACGGCCACGGCCGAGGAGGGACCGGAGGCCGCGGGAGAGGCGGCGCUCACGGACACCGAGGAGGCGGAGGCCGAGGGAAGCGAGAGCCUCGGGGCCGCGGGGCAGCGCCGCCGCCGGCCGCGCAGCAGCACCGGCGGGUAGAGGAUGAUGGUGAUACUGAAUCACGAGAGGAGGAAGAGGAAGUGAAAAACUACUCAAGAAGAAAGAUUGUUUCAAACUGGAACCGCUAUGAGGAUGCAGAGAAAGAGGGACAGAGAGAAUGUGGAGAAUCACAGAGAGGAACAGACUUCAGUGUUUUGCUUAGCUCAGCAGGAGAUUCCUUUACACAGUUUCGAUUUGCUGAAGAGAAAGACUGGGAUACAGAAAACGUGUACUGUAAGCAGUUAUCUGCACUUUCUGUUGAUUGCCAGUCCUUGGCCCAGGCCCUACAAGAAUUGCCUCUACAUCUGAGGUUGAAUGUAGCUGCUGAACUUGUACAGGCGUCUACACCCGUAGAGCUACCACAGAUGAAGUCUAAAGUUGUUGAAGACAGCAAGAGGAGAGAGCUGUUUCGACAAUCUUUGUCUCAAAGGGAAACAGUGUCGGUCUCCCGAUCUGUUGGUGAUUCUGCUGCUUCAUUGGAGCCUGGAACUAAAAGUGAUCCUGCGACAAGUGCAGCAGAAUCAUUUCAGAGAGCCCAUCUGCUGGCAAAGCAAGAGACUGACCAUUUGGAUGAAGAACUGGAUCGUCUCCUAAAUCUGGAUGCUCCCAUUGAUUCUGUGUCAGGUGCAUUAUCCUACAAUGUAUCAACAGAGAAAGAUCUGAAAAUGGAAAGUAAGGAAAAUGCCCCUCCAACAGCAGAUAUGCCAGAAGAGAAAAGUACAGCACCACAGCAAGAGCAGAAAACAUCCAAAAUUGUUACUGAGGAAGAGCUUGAAGAUUGGCUGGACAGCAUGAUUUCCUGAAACCAAUUUUCCGUACGUGAAUAAAUGAAUAUAGCUAAA